AUGGCCGAGGUGCUUGCUGACCAAGAAGAUGCCACAGAAGUCCCUCACACGCUCCCGCUUGCCCGAAUCCCGUCAACGCCUGCGUCGACAUCGCAUCUUACAUCGUCGCCGCCGCCGGUCUCGGCCUCGUCGCGGCUACCCAACUCCAAGUCACACACUCCUGAGCACUGUGCCAACGCUGCAGGAACUGUUGCGACUGGUGGGCCCAGCGCCGGACUCGGGCUCGAGCUCGAGCUGGGUGCCAACUCGGCACGACUCCGCUCGCCGUCGCCGCUGCCGUGGCGCGAGCUGGUCGACGCCGGCCCAGCCACUGAGCCGAUCCGUCUGCUCACGCCCGAGCCGCUGGACUUUGCGCCGCCGCUCGACAACACGCCGAUGGGCACCCAGAGCGCAGAGCUGAGCCCGUCGUCAGACAUGCUCAGCCUGCCGCAGCUCUCAACCUUUGGCAUCGAUGACUGGCCGCAGCUCCCGCUGGCCUCGCUCCUUCCGCCGCGCAAGCGCCGCCGCGCCGCCGAAGUCCAACCUGCGCAGCCGGUUCGCAAGCGCCCGGUCUCGGCGCUCGACCGCCUCGACGACGAGGUUCUGAAUCGCUCGUCACGAGGCCGUCGAACCCGCAAGAUGCCGCGCAAGAUGCCGUGGGAGCUGGUUGCAGGCGCUACUGCCUGCGAGACGGCUGCUGCCGCCGCCGCUGCUGCAGCAGCAGCAGCAAGCCUCCCGGCACACAAGGCGCCUCUUCGUGCUCUGCCCACGGCGGCGGCGUUGCCGGCGUCUGUCAUGGACCCGUUUGGGCUGCUAUAGUAUACACACAUGGUAACACACUCC